CCUUAGCUGCACAAAUCUCUAUUUUAGGUCUGUUGAUUACUUUGUGUGCCUGUUUUCUGUUGCAAUGUCCUUGACAAAAGACUUCCUGUAAAAGUCACACAGGAACCAAAUAAAGAGGAAGAAGAUUAAGAGGAAGAAAGUAAAGGAGACGUGAUGGACACGUCAGAUGAGAACAGCAGUCCAGCCACAGACGCAAAUGGUGCUCAUCCGGUACGAUGCACUGAAGAAGUUCUUCUCCCUUUCUUCACAGAUGAGAGCCUGCAGGCCACCAUGGACUCAAAACACCCUCCUGCCUCCCCCAGCAUCCUGCCUGCUGUCUCAGAACUUAGACUGGUCCUCUUGGGCAGGAAAGGAACCGGAAAGAGCGCUGCAGGAAACACAAUACUGGGAGGAGCAGGAGGGUUCGAGAGCGGGAAGCCAACAGAGGAGUGUGUGAAAAGACGAGCUGAUGUCUCAGAGAGAAAAGUCACAGUAGUGGACACACCUGGGUGGGAGUGGUACUACCCACUUAACAGCACCCCCAACUGGGUGAGGAGAGAGACUCUUCGAAGUGUGACACUUUGUCCUCCAGGGCCUCAUGCUGUGCUAUUGGUUGUACGGGCCUGUGCUUCUGUCACAGACAGCUACAUCAGGGAAAUAGAGGAGCAUCUAGAGCCACUGGGAAAAGAAGUAUGGGAACAUACCUUGGUGCUGUUCACCAGGGGAGAUGAACUGGGCCUGGGAAACAUGGAACAGCGAAUCCUGGCGAGUGGCUCAGGACUCCAGAGUCUCCUCCAGAAGUGUGGCCACAGAUACCAUGUUGUGAAUAACCUCAGCAAAGGAGAUGAGAUACAGGUUAAACAGCUGAUAAGGAAGCUGGAAGAGAUGGUGGCUGGAAAGAAGGAUGGCAACCGUCAUUUAAGAUUGGAUAGCAGUGUUCUGUUGGGUCUGGAGGCAGAUGGAAAGAGGAGAACCAGGGAGAGGAGAAAGAAACAGAGGCAGAUGGAGGCACAGGUGCAGAGAGGGACCAUCAAAGCUGCUCUCAUGAAUGAUGGACCCCAGGGUUCUGAGCUAGAUGCACAUCAUUCAUUCUCCAAGGCUCCUCGACGGCUUCCUGAAGUAAGACUGGUUCUACUGGGCGAGCGUGAAACUGGAAAGAGUUCUGCUGGAAAUGUCAUUCUUGGAAAAACUGGCUUAUUCCAAGCAGGGGCUGUAACAGAGGAGUGCAUACGUCAGCAGGCAGAGGUGGCCAUGCGGCUGGUCACCGUAGUGGACACACCAGGCUGGGAAGCAGGAGUGGAUGGUGUUUCACCAGAGAGGGUGAAGAGGGAGAUUAUCUGUAGUGUAGUUUUGUGCCCUCCUGGGCCUCAUGCCCUUCUACUGACUCUGCGGGUGGACACUCUGGUGAGGGCAGGACAUGUGAGGGAGCAUCUUCAGCUUCUGGGAGAGGGUGUAUGGAGACACACAAUCUUACUGUUCACACAUGGAGAUCAGCUUCGAGAAGGGGUCGACAUAAAGCAACACAUCCAGAGCGGAGGCAAGGACUUACAGUGGCUGCUGGAGAAGUGCAGGGGCAGGUACCAUGUUGUCUACGGUGGAGAUGGAGGUGGAAGAGCUAGUGGAGGCUCCACCAAGGUCACAGAGCUCCUGGAGAAAGUUGAAAAGAUGGCGACGAUGAACAGGUGUGAGGCUUUCUCCAGCUUGGUUCAAGAAGUCAGAGAUUUGAGUCGGCAAAGGAACGAAAGGUUCAACCAGCGUCUAAAAGAGAUGGCCGAUAAGAUGCUUCGUCAGGAGGCAGAGCUGAAGAAAAUGAAAGCGAGGGAGGUGAAGAGCAUCCGAUGGUUCUUUGAUAGAAAGAGGAAGGUGAAAUCUCCGGGGAAGGCUGAUGUUCAAAAGGAAGAAGAGGAGGAUGAGUACAGGAGGAUUAGUGAAGCAAAAAAUGACAUUGGUGACCUAGAGGAGAGGAUUCGAUGGCUGACAGAAGACAGAGAGAGAGAAAUUCAGGAUUUGAGUAUAGAAAAUGAGAGAAUCCGUGUGGCACUAAACCAAAGUCAACAAGAAAGGCAUGAGGCGAUGCUGAACCUGGAGCUAAGAGAGAGAGAGAUCGAGGAGCUGAAAGAAAGAACUGACGAGCAGCAGAUAAAGCUUCUUGAUUUUGAACGUAUCUGUGUAGAAACUGAACAUAAAAGAAAUCAGAGAGAGGACACUAUUAGAGCAGAAAAACAAGGAUGGAGGAAACACCUAGAGAUGAUGGAAGAAACUAUAGAGCUGCUCAAGAAAGACAAAACAGAGUGGAUCGGAAAGGUUGAAUCUUUAAAAGUAGAAAUGGAGCAGAUUAAACGACACAGUGAGUAUUCUCUUGAGCAAGAAAAAAACAGAGAAAUGACAGAGAGGGAGGAAAAAUCAAGAAAAGAGAUGGAAAUGAAACUGCUGGAAAAAGACAAUCAGCAGGAAGAACUGAAAAGGAAAACUUCAGAGGAAACUCAGACGAUUCUCAAUAAUGUGAAACAAUGGGAAAAAGACAUGGAGAGUAAAUCUGAAGAGAUGAAACUACAACAUCAGAAAGAGAUUGAGAGACAAAUAAAAGAGAAGGAAAGUCAGAUAAAAGAUCUAAAACUACAGCAUCAAGAGGAGAUGGAAAGAAAAACAACUCAGAUGCAACAAGAAACUAAUAAGAAGUUGAAAGAUAAAGAAAAUGAAAUGGAAGGAAUCAAAAAACACUGUGACAAUGAAAUUAAAAGCAUGCAAAGCAAACAGCAAGGAGAGCUUGCAAAGCUGAAAGAGCAGUUUGCAAGAGAAAAUGAAGAACAGCUGGAGGCAAAGAAGAGAGAACUAGCAACGGUGGAACAGACAUACUUCACUCUAAUGGAAGAAGAAAUGCAGGAAACUGAAAAAGAGAAGGAGAGGAUUCAUCUAAAGCACAAAAAAGACAUGGAACAAAAAAGUCAACAGGCAGAAAAAGAAGUUGAGGCUUUAAAAGUGAAGCAUCAGGAAGAGAUGGCAAUAAAAAUGAGUGAAGUGCUAAAACUGAUGGAGGCAAGUAAAGCUGAGCAUCAGGAGGAAGUUGAUAAAAUAGUGAAACAAAAGAAGGAGGAUGUUGAAAGUGUCCAACAACAGUUUAAUGAAAAAGUGAGCAACUUACAGAAAGAAAGACAAGAAGAGAUAGAAGAGCUGAAACAACGGUUUGCCGGAGAAACAGACAAACAACUACAGGAUAAACAAAGACAGAUAAGAGACUUAGAGGAAAAGCAUGCUGCUCAAAUAAAAGAGAUUAAACUAGAACAAACAAACAUGUUGCAAAGACUGCAGCAGAGAGACAAAAUGAUAGAAGAGUUAAAAUGUGAACUUAAGACUACAACUGAGGACAGGGAAACAGAGAAAGUAAGAUACGAGAAAGAGACUAAACAAAAGGUGUUGGAAAAGGAGAGGGAGGUCGAGGAGAUGAAGCUUAGUGUCAAAGAACUGAAGGAACAAAUGCACAAAAAGGAAGAAAAGCACAACAAUGACUUAAAUAAGAUAAAAGCAAUGGAGGAAAGUUUAAAAGAGAAAGAAAAAGAAAUUGAGGAGCUGAAAUCCAAUAUACAAGAGUUGAAAGAAGAACUAAUGAAAAGAGAAGAGAAAGAAAAAGUUUAUGUAGAUUACAAAAAAGAUGUGAAUGAAAAACUGGAAGAGAAAGAAAAAGAAAUCAGAGUAACAAAAGAGCAAAUAAAUGAGCUCCAGCAACAGCUGCAGCAGACCAAAGAGGAAAAAGAAAGAGACAACUUAAACUGCAAGAAACAGAUGCAGCACAUCGUCGAAGAAAAGAGCAGAGAAAUAGAAAAGUUAAAGCAGCACAUAAAGGAUGUGGAUGAAAUCCUGCAGAGAAAAGAAGAAGAGCGAGGAGAAACUAUUCUGAACCAAAAGAAAGAGGCAGAACGACGACUACAGGACACAGAAAGAAAGAUGGAGGAGUUGAGGCAACAGCUGUUAAACGACAUGGAGAAAAAAGUGAAAGAAAAGGAAACUGAGAUUGAAAGUAUUAAACAGCAGAACAACUCCAGGGAAACAAAAUGGAGAGAAGAGCUGAAGAGGACAGAGGAGAGAGGAACAAACGAAAUGAACAAGCUGAUUGAAGUCAUUGACAAAAAGACCAAAGAAAUAACACAAGUGCAAAGUCUUCUUUCACAGAGAGACAGCGAGAUUGAGGAGGCUAAAAACUUAUGUGCAAACUACAAGACAGAAAUAGAGGAGCUGAACGAAAGCAAUGAAAAGAAAACCAUCAGCAUUGCUGAGCUGCAGCAACAUCACGAAGACCAAGAGAAGCAAUAUGAAGAAAUGACUGAAAACCUGCAGGAGAAAGAAGAAACUCUGGAGCACCUGCAGCAGAGAGACAGAGAAAACGAGAAGGAGGUCGUCCAACUGAGACUCACCAUCGAGCAAACAAAGUCAGAGCUGAAGGAGCUCACCAAGAAGAUGGAAAAGGAAAUGACCAGCAUGAUUCAGGAGUACGAGAAGGAGAUUGCGAGAAAAAAUGAGGAUAUAGAAGCAACUGCAAAAGAGAGGGACAUCGAAAUGAAACGCUUAGAGGAAGAAAGCCAGCAAAGUAUUUUAGUUGUCACUGAAAAGUACGAAGAAAGUAAAAAGACGGUAAAAGAACUGCAGGAGCAAAACGAGAAGAUAAGAAAAGAGGCUGAAAAUUUCAGAAUGAAGUGUGAGGAACUAAAGGAGAGUGAAGAAGAAAGUAGGGAACAUCUAAGAGGAUGUGAAGAGAGACUAGAAAGCAAAGAAGCUGCAGCUAAGGAGAGAGAUUCAGAAGUUAGGACAUUAAAAGAAGCCAACGACAAAUUACAAGCAGAGAUAGAAAUUAUGAAAGUGAGAGAAGGUGACAAUGAGAGGCAAAUAAGUAAAUUAAGAGAUCAUUUUGAGAGAAAGCUGAUGGAGACAGAAAAAGAACAAAGACUGAAGGGCGAGGAGAUUAAUAAGGAAUACUUAGAAAGACAAAAGGCUGCAGGAGACAGAGAACAGGCUCUGAGUGAAAACGAAGAACAGCUGAGCAGAAAACGACAUGACCUUGAUGCAAAAGAGGAGGAACUUAUUGAAAUGGAGAAAAAGUUGGAAAAUAAAGAAAAAGAGCUUCAAAAACUGCAAGCUAGACUAGAGAUUAGACUAAAAGAGCAAGAAGAAAAAGACAAGUGUGAGCAAGACGUAAAAAUGAAAGCACAGAAUAUCAAGAAAAUGGAGAGCGAGCUAGAGACCUUACUAAAAGCUUUGGAGGGCAAACAGAGAGAGCUGAGUUCUCAUGGUCAAGAUCUCCAGAAAAAGGUAAAGGGACUGAAAGAUCAAGGGAAAGAGCUUAAAGACAGAGAGUACUAUUUGAAAAAUGAAGAGCAGGAGUUGCUCAAUUGGAAAUCAAAGCUGCAGAUGCAAAAUGAACAUGUCAACUUUACAACACAGGAGCUGGAUGAGAUGCGCAGAGACUUGGCUUUGCUGAGGGACGAACUUCACACAAAAGAGAAAACAUUAAAGGAGACCCUCAACAAAAUGAACAAAUGGGAGCAGAACCUGAAAGAGCGAGAGGAAGAGUUGCACAAAAGAGAGCAAAGAAAUGCGACCGAUGAUGACGUUGAUGAGGACGACUCCAUCUUUCAUGACCAUCUAUCAGCUGCUGCUGACAACUCAGAAGAUAACUGCUCUUUGAUGUGUGAAGAAGUCAGAGGGAGAAGGGAAAAGGGAAGAGGAAAAGAGUCCGAAGGAGAAGAAUGCACAAAAGAUUGGGAGGAUCAGGGGGUGAAAACAGCUUUGUCAGAUGCAAUGAGCAAUAAUUGCCACCUUGAAACACUAAAAGAAAUGGAGCUGCCUUUGAGAAAUGAAGGGAGAGGAAGAGAAACUAUUGAGAGGCUAUCUCAGAGUCCUGGAAUUGCAAACAACAAAGGCUCUGGGUUGGAUUUGAGAGUGAUUGUUUUGGGAGAAACAUGGUCCUCUCGCUCCCCUGCUGGACUUACUAUCUUUGGUGGAGAAGCACCUAAAUUUGACAGAGCUAGCUUCAGGUCUUGGAGAGGUCAGAUAGCUGGGAGACGCCUCGCUGUCGCAGAACCACUCGGCCUGAAGUGGCGAGACGGGCCUGAUCCCGAUGGAGCAUCACAACGAAAAAGCAUCCUGGACAGCUUCUCCUGGUGCCUCCCAGACGCCAACAUCGUCCUCCUGCUCAUUCCUGCCUUCUUGACCUGCACGCAGAAGUACAGAAGAGCUUUGGAGGAGCACAUGAGUUUGCUUGGGGAAGAGUUUUGGAGGCGCACACUAGUACUUUUCACAUGGGGGGAAAUUUUAGGAGAGAGCCCAGCGCAGCACAUCUUGAGAAAUGGGGAACUGUUGAGGCUGGUUGAGAGAUGUGGAGGCAGGUAUCAUGUGGUGACCAGCAAAAGAAAUAACUCCAUGAUUGAAGGUUUAUUUGAGAAGAUGGAGGAAAUAGUUUAUCAGAACAACAGGAAGUAGAUUUUGUUAUAGAAAUACAUUCAAGUUGUGUUUGCCAUGUAAAUUCAGUUGUUUUUUUUUCUUGCUUGUUUUGUUAUUUGUGUUCAUCUGAAUAUAUAUAAAUAAAUUUUAAGGUGAAAUCUU